AUGGGGUCCCACACCAGCGAUCUCGAUCCUGUUCAACUACGUUACUGGCCAACGUGUGAAAAUGCUUUGACCUGGUCAUCGGACGAUUUGGCCGUUGCAGCAGGUGAGGUUGUGCAUAUUGUGACUCCCCGAGAACUUUCACAGGAACAGGUCAUUGCUGGCCACCCUCAAUGGCAUACACAUACUUUGCGCGUGAACAUGUUCGAACAGACAGAUUGGCCUUUCCAAACGCUGGCGCCGCUGAGGGAUCUUUCCCUGGGCGAGGAGCAAUCUGAUUCGACAACGGUCGCAAUUGCAUGGUCUCCUCCGGGGCUGGGCAUGUACAGAAGAAGCGUGCUCGCUGUCUUAACGUCCAAUCUGGUUCUAUCGCUGUGGGAAACCAAUGGCAGACUGGGCGUCUGGAAGCGUACUUGCGUUCUCAAUCAUAAGUUACCCGCUGUUGCAGAGCCGCAGGUUUCCGCCAAUUCUAGGCGCAAGCAACGCAUCCGCGCUUUCUGCUGGCUUCCUGCAUUGCCACUUUCCGGCGCGUCUCGGUGGACUCCACAACUUCUCGCUGUUGCAGAUGAUGAUAAAAACAUACUGGUGUUCGUGAUCCGCAAGCAGAGCAGCGCUGCAUUUGGUGGGUGGCACGUCGAGCUUAUGGGAGAACACCAAUUACAGACAGACUCGCUCGGACAAGGAACGACCGGUCUGCGCAACUUCCUUUCCGUCUCAUCACCUGUAUCUCAUCUCGAGCCAAGCAACUGGAUAGCCUUUGGGACCCAAGAUGGAGCUUGCAGUAACGAUGCAUUGGCCAUCAAGGUGAGCUUAAGUCCAUUCACACCCCCCAGACACAUUUCGGUUCAUGUGGAGAGGAUCACUGGGGGCACCACAGAUGAUCCGAACUCUAAAAGCCUCAGGCAAUUGUCGAUUGCAGAUUACGAGUCUUCGUCGGAGUUUUUAUGGGUCGAGCCUGCUCCUGAAUCAUCUUUCAUCCCUAUGAUUGAUAAGCUCCGGAAGGAGUACGACGAACGAUUUGACCUUGGUGGCAAUGUACGAGUGAGGCAUUGGGGCGCGGUGAUGUCUCCCGAUAGAACCAGAGCCGCAGCUGCUGUUUCAUUCCACCCCUCGGAUGUGAUCGAAUAUGGCAUGCCAUCGAGUCAACGCAUAGUGGUAGUUUUCAGUCAGCUACAGAAGCCCCCAGUCAGUGCAAGUUCACCUUCCACUUUAAGCCCAGCUGCUGCUAUUGAGGAAAUCCUCAACUUCAUCAUAACCACUCCAGCAGAUUGGGAACGCACGGAAAUGGAUAGCAACAUUGUCCGCUGCGCGGCUGCACUCAUUUCAUCAAACCUGAAGGAUCGUCCUUCGAUGAUGGAAUGGGCAACCGCAGCAUUGACUCGGCUUUCGCAGAGUAGACAAGGUUCUCAAGAAUUUGAAGCGCUGCAGCAGAGGGAUCCCAUCGGUACAGCCGCGAACGCGGACGCUGAGCGAGGAGCCGUUUUCAAGCAUGACGGUCUCACUGAUCCAAUUCUUACUGAAGAGCAAUGCGACAUCUGCGGGGCUUCGAUACCCUUCAGUCCGCCGUCGGAUGCAGCGAAAUGUGCCAACAACCACCAGUUCAGCCGAUGCAGUCUCUCCUUCGUUGCUGUUCAAGAGCCUGGAAUUUGCAGGUAUUGCGCCAAAUGCGGAAGGCAGUUCCUCGAUCCCGGCAAGCUGGAAUUCCUAGACGGUCCAAGCUUGAGUCAAGCGUUAUUCGACAAGUUCGAUGUUUGCCCAUAUUGCCAAGGCAAGUUUCGGGGCUGA